GCAGGCGCUUCCGCUCUCUCGCGAGGCCUGGUGGGAGCGCGCCAAAUUUCUCCGGGAGAGCUGCGGCGGCCUCGGCGCGGCGCGAUGGUUUGGAGGAACAGCGGCCGGCGUCGCGCGGAGCCGGGCCCGGACGGCGAGGCCAGCCGGGAUGAUGGCCUCUCCUCUUCUGUCUCAGCACUUAAGCGCCUGGAGCGCAGUCAGUGGACAGAUAAGAUGGAUUUGCGGUUUGGUUUUGAGAGACUCAAGGAGUCUGGGGAGAAGACGGGCUGGCUUAUCAACAUGCACCCUACUGAGAUUUUAGAUGAAGACAAACGCUUAGUCAGCGCAGUAGAUUACUACUUUAUUCAAGAUGAUGGGAGCAGAUUUAAGGUGGCCUUGCCCUACGAGCCGUAUUUCUACAUUGCAGCCAGAAAGGGUUGUGAACGAGAAGUUUCAUCUUUUCUCUCCAAGAAGUUUCAGGGUAGAAUUGCUAAAAUAGAGACUGUCCCCAAAGAGGAUCUAGACUUGCCAAAUCACUUGGUGGGUUUGAAGCGAAAUUACAUUAAGCUGUCCUUCCACACUGUGGAGGAUCUUGUUAGAGUGAGGAAGGAUGUCUCCCCUGCUGUGAAGAAGAACCGGGAGCAGGGUCAUGCUGGUGAUGCCUACACAGCUAUGCUGUCCAGCGUUCUGCAAGGGGGCAGUGUGGUUAUUGAUGAAGAGGAAGCCUCUAAGAAGGUCACUGACCAGUUGGACAAUAUUGUGGACAUGCGAGAGUAUGAUGUGCCCUACCACAUCCGCCUCUCCAUUGACCUGAAGAUCCAUGUGGCUCAUUGGUACAACAUCAGAUACCGAGGAAGUGCCUUUCCUGUGGAAAUCACCCGCCGAGAUGACCUUGUUGAACGACCUGACCCUGUGGUUUUGGCAUUUGACAUUGAGACAACCAAACUGCCUCUCAAGUUUCCUGAUGCUGAGACUGACCAGAUUAUGAUGAUUUCCUACAUGAUUGAUGGUCAGGGCUACCUCAUCACCAACAGGGAGAUCGUUUCAGAAGAUGUCGAAGAUUUCGAGUUCACCCCCAAGCCAGAGUAUGAAGGACCUUUUUGUGUCUUUAAUGAACCUGACGAGGUUCAUCUAAUCCAGAGAUGGUUUGAACAUGUCCAGGAGAUGAAACCCACCAUCAUGGUCACCUACAAUGGGGACUUUUUUGACUGGCCGUUUGUGGAGGCCAGAGCAGCAGUCCACGGACUAAGCAUGUACCAGGAGAUCGGGUUCCAGAAGGACAGUCAGGGAGAGUACAAGGCAUCCCAGUGCAUCCACAUGGACUGUCUCAGGUGGGUGAAGAGGGACAGUUACCUUCCUGUGGGCAGCCACAACCUCAAGGCAGCUGCCAAAGCCAAGCUAGGCUAUGACCCAGUGGAGCUGGACCCUGAGGACAUGUGCCGAAUGGCCACCGAGCAGCCCCAGACUCUGGCCACGUACUCCGUGUCAGAUGCAGUGGCCACGUACUACCUGUACAUGAAAUACGUCCACCCCUUUAUAUUCGCCCUUUGCACCAUUAUCCCCAUGGAGCCUGAUGAGGUGCUGCGGAAGGGCUCUGGGACUCUCUGUGAGGCCUUGCUGAUGGUGCAGGCCUUCCACGCCAACAUCAUCUUCCCCAAUAAGCAGGAGCAGGAGUUCAACAAGCUGACAGGUGAUGGCCACGUGCUGGAUGCCGAGACCUAUGUGGGUGGCCACGUGGAGGCCCUUGAGUCAGGCGUCUUUCGCAGUGACAUCCCCUGCCGGUUCAGGAUGAAUCCUGCUGCCUUUGACUUCCUGCUGCAGAGGGUGGAGAAGACCAUGCGCCAUGCCAUCGAGGAAGAGGAGAAGGUGCCCAUGGAGCAUGUCACCAACUUCCAAGAGGUGUGUGAUCAGAUUAAGACCAAGCUCACCUCCCUGAAAGAUGUUCCAAACAGAAUAGAGUGUCCCCUUAUCUACCACCUGGAUGUGGGGGCCAUGUACCCUAACAUCAUCCUGACGAACCGCCUGCAGCCCUCUGCCGUGGUGGAUGAGGCUACCUGUGCUGCCUGUGACUUCAAUAAGCCUGGGGCCAACUGCCAGAGAAAGAUGGCCUGGCAGUGGAGGGGCGAGUUCAUGCCAGCCAGUCGCAGUGAGUACCAUCGGAUCCAGCACCAGCUGGAGUCAGAGAAGUUCCCUCCCUUGACUGCAGAGGGUCCAGCCCGGGCCUUUCACGAGCUCUCUCGAGAGGAGCAGGCUAAAUAUGAGAAGCGGAGGCUGUCAGAUUACUGCCGGAAGGCAUACAAGAAGAUACACGUCACCAGGGUGGAGGAGCGCCUCACCACUAUCUGCCAGCGGGAGAACUCUUUCUAUGUGGACACAGUGCGCGCCUUCCGAGACAGGCGUUAUGAAUUCAAAGGUCUCCACAAGGUGUGGAAGAAGAAACUCUCUGCAGCCAUGGAGGUGGGUGAUGCGGCCGAAGUGAAGCGCUGCAAGAACAUGGAGGUCCUGUAUGACUCCCUGCAGCUGGCGCACAAGUGCAUCCUCAACUCCUUCUAUGGCUACGUCAUGCGCAGAGGGGCUCGCUGGUACUCCAUGGAGAUGGCAGGCAUUGUCUGCUUCACAGGGGCUAACAUCAUCACCCAGGCACGGGAGCUGAUUGAGCAGAUCGGGAGACCCUUGGAGCUGGACACAGACGGAAUAUGGUGCGUCCUGCCCAACAGCUUUCCUGAAAACUUUGUCAUCAAGACAACCAGUGUGAAAAAGCCCAAGGUGACCAUUUCCUACCCUGGGGCCAUGUUGAACAUCAUGGUGAAGGAAGGCUUCACCAAUGAUCAGUACCAGGAGCUGACUGAACCAUCCUCACUCACCUAUGUCACCCGUUCAGAGAACAGCAUCUUUUUCGAGGUUGACGGACCCUACCUUGCCAUGAUCCUUCCAGCCUCCAAGGAAGAAGGCAAGAAACUGAAGAAGAGAUAUGCUGUCUUCAACGAGGACGGUUCCCUGGCUGAGCUGAAGGGCUUCGAGAUCAAACGCCGAGGGGAGCUGCAGCUGAUUAAGAUCUUCCAGUCCUCAGUGUUCGAGGCUUUCCUCAAGGGCAGCACCUUAGAAGAAGUGUAUGGCUCUGUUGCCAAGGUGGCUGACUACUGGCUGGACGUGCUGUACAGUAAGGCAGCUAACAUGCCCGAUUCUGAGCUGUUUGAGCUGAUCUCUGAGAAUCGCUCCAUGUCUCGGAAGCUGGAAGAUUAUGGGGAGCAGAAGUCCACGUCUAUCAGCACAGCCAAGCGCCUGGCUGAGUUCCUGGGAGAUCAGAUGGUGAAGGAUGCAGGGCUGAGCUGCCGUUACAUCAUCUCUCGGAAGCCCGAGGGCUCUCCGGUCACAGAGAGGGCCAUCCCGCUUGCCAUUUUCCAGGCAGAGCCCAUGGUGAGGAAGCACUUUCUCCGGAAAUGGCUUAAGAGUUCUUCCCUCCAAGACUUUGAUAUUCGCACGAUUUUGGAUUGGGAGUACUACAUUGAGCGGCUAGGGAGUGCCAUACAGAAGAUCAUCACGAUCCCUGCAGCUUUGCAGCAGGUAAAGAACCCAGUACCACGCGUCAAGCACCCUGACUGGCUGCACAAGAAACUUUUGGAGAAGAAUGAUGUCUGCAAGCAGAAGAAGAUCAGCGAGCUCUUUGUCCUCGAGGGCAGGAGACAGGUGGGCAUGGCCCAGGUUCCAGAAGGCACCCAAAGCCUGGGUGCUCCUGAUAUGGAAGAUUUUGGCCUCAUGAAGCCAUUGCACUUGGCCGUUCCUAUUGCCACUAAGAGGAAGCGUGUCCUCUGGGAGAGCCAGGAGGAGUCACACGACCUGGAGCUGACGGUGCCCUGGCAGGAAAUCUUGGGGCAGCCUCCAGCCCUUGGAACCACCCAGGAAGAGUGGCUGGUUUGGCUCCGGUUCCAUAAGAAGAAGUGGCAGCUGCAGGCCCGGCAGCGCCUGGCUUGCAAGAAGAGGCGGUGUGUGGAGGUGGCAGAGGGCGAACCUCUGCCUGGGGCCAUCCGAGAAAGGCCUGCCACUGGGUUGGGGGGCUUCCUGCGAAGGACCGCCCGCAGCAUCUUGGACCUUCCAUGGCAGAUUGUGCAGAUCAGUGAAACCAGCCAGGCUGGUUUAUUCAGGCUGUGGGCUGUCAUCAGCAGUGACUUGUACUGCAUCAGGCUGAACAUCCCCCGAGUAUUCUAUGUCAACCAGCAGGUGGCUAAAGCUGAGGAGGGGCCUUCCUAUCGCAAGGUCAGCCGAGUCCUUCCUCGCUCCAACAUGGUCUACAAUCUCUAUGAGUACUCCGUGCCUGAGGACAUGUACCAGGAACAUAUCAAUGAAAUCAAUACUGAGUUAUCAGCCCCAGACAUUGAGGGCGUGUAUGAGACUCAGGUUCCAUUACUAUUCCGCGCCCUAGUGCAGCUGGGCUGUGUCUGUGUGGUCAAUAAACAGCUGGUGAGGCACCUUUCAGGCUGGGAAGCAGAAACCUUUGCUCUCGAGCACCUGGAGAUGCGUUCUCUGGCUCAGUUCAGCUACCUGGAACCAGGGAGCAUCCGCCACCUCUACCUGUACCAUCAUGCACAGGGCCACAAAGCACUCUUCGGCUUGUUCGUGCCCUCCCAGCGCAGAGCAUCUGUGUUUGUGUUGGACACUGUGCGAAGCAACCAGAUGCCCAGCCUCAGCGCUCUUUACUCAGCCGAGCACAGCCUUCUGAUGGAGAAAGUGGGCCCGGAGCUCCUGCCUCCUCCCAAACACACUUUUGAAGUUCGGGCGGAAACUGACAUGAAAACCAUCUGCAGAGCCAUCCAGCGCUUCCUGCUGGCCUACAAAGAGGAGCGCCGUGGGCCCACACUCAUCGCUGUUCAGUCCAACUGGGAGCUAAAGAGGCUGGCUGGUGAGGUUCCUGUCCUAGAGGAAUUCCCACUAGUGCCUGUCCACGUGGCAGAUAAGAUCAGCUAUGGAGUCCUGGACUGGCAGCGCCUCGGAGCCCGGCGCAUGAUCCGCCACUACCUCAACCUGGACACCUCUCUGUCACAGGCCUUCGAGAUGAGCAGGUACUUCCACAUCCCCAUUGGUAAUCUGCCUGAGGACAUCUCCACCUUUGGCUCCGACCUCUUCUUUGCCCGCCAUCUCCAGCGCCACAGCCACCUGCUCUGGCUGUCGCCUACGUCACGCCCUGACCUGGGUGGCAAGGAGGCUGAUGACAAUCGCCUUGUCAUGGAAUUCGAUGACCAGGCCAGCGUGGAGAUCAAUUGUCCAGGCUGCUACUCUACAGUGUGUGUGGAGCUGGACAUCCAAAACCUGGCUGUCAACACCAUCCUGCAGUCCCACCAUAUCAAUGACAUGGAGGGGGCUGACAGCAUGGGCAUCAGCUUUGAUGUGAUCCAGCAAGCCUCUCUGGAGGACAUGAUCACUGGCAACCAGGCCGCCAGCACUCCAGCCAGCUACGAUGAGACAGCCCUCUGCUCCAGCACCUUCAGGAUCCUGAAGAGCAUGGUGGUGGGCUGGGUGAAGGAGAUCACACAGUACCGCAACAUCUAUGCUGACAACCAGGUGAUGCACUUUUACCGCUGGCUCCGGUCCCCAUCAUCACUGCUCCAUGACCCUGUGCUGCAUCGCACACUCCACAACAUGAUGAAGAAGCUCUUUCUGCAGCUCAUCGCUGAGUUCAAGCGCUUGGGGUCAUCUGUCGUCUAUGCCAACUUCAACCGCAUCAUCCUCUGCACGAAAAAGCGGCGGAUCGAGGAUGCCAUUGCUUACAUGGAGUACAUCACCAGCAGCAUCCAUUCUAAAGAGAUCUUCCAUUCUUUGACAAUAUCUUUCUCUCGGUGCUGGGAAUUUCUUCUCUGGAUGGAUCCCUCUAACUAUGGUGGAAUCAAAGGAAAUGCUCCAUCUAGUAUCCACUAUGGACAGCAAGACUCCCAAAAAGGGGGCAGAGUAGAGGAGGAGGAGGAGGAGGAGGAGGAGGAAGAGGAGGAGGAAGGCAAACAGGAACCAGAUGUGGAGGACAUGCUGGAAAACAACUGGAACAUUGUGCAGUUCCUGCCACAGGCAGCCUCCUGCCAGAGCUACUUCCUCAUGAUUGUUUCAGCAUACAUCGUGGCCGUGUACCACAGCAUGAAGGAGGAGCUGCGGCGCAGUGCCCCAGGGGGCACACCCCUGAGAUGGCGGGGGCCCAGCCAGCUCUCCCAGGAUGCUGCGGCCUCCAGUGCCCUUCCUGCUAUGGUCCCUGCCCUCCUAGGAAUGAUCACCUUCUCCCAAGACUACGUGGCCAACGAGCUGACUCAGAACUUCUUCACCAUCACUCAGAAGAUUCAGAAGAAAGUCACAGGCUCCCGGAGCUCCACUGAGCUCUCCAGCAUGUUUCCUGCCCUUCCAGGUUCUCACUUGCUGCUCAACAACCCCGCAUUGGAGUUCAUCAAGUACGUGUGCAAGGUUCUGUCUCUGGACACGAACAUCACAAACCAGGUGAACAAAUUGAACCGGGAUCUGCUUCGUCUGGUGGAUGUUGGCGAGUUCUCGGAGGAGGCACAGUUCCGAGACCCUUGCCGUUCCUACGUGCUCCCUGAGGUCAUCUGCCGCAGCUGUAACUUCUGCCGGGACCUGGACCUGUGUAAAGAGUUCGCCUUCUCGCAGGAUGGGGCCGUGCUGCCUCAGUGGCUCUGCUCAAACUGUCAGGUUGCCUAUGACACCUCAGUCAUCGAGAUGGCCCUGGUGGAAGCCCUGCAGAAGAAACUGAUGGCCUUCACUCUGCAGGACCUGGCUGGGGAGACUCCUGACCAGGACUGCUCCUCAUUGCAGAUCUGCCUGAAGUGCCGAGGUGUGAAGGAGACCAACAUGCCUGUGUACUGCAGCUGCGCCGGGGGCUUUACCCUCACCAUCCACACCAAGGUCUUCAUGGAGCAGAUUGGAAUCUUCCAGAACAUUGCCCAGCACUAUGGCAUGUCCUACCUCACAGAGACCCUGGAGUGGCUGCUGCAGAAGAACCCUCAGCUGGGCCACUAGCACCGUGAGCAGCAUUCCCAUUGUCUGCCCUGACUUCCCAAACUUGUCACCUUGUCUGGGAUGGAGCACCAAGGAAAAUAAGCCCCAGGGAGCUUCAGGGAGCAGGUCACAUGGCUCCGGAGAGGCCUGACCGAACCAGUGCAGGAAGCGGCUCCAUCUCUGGGUUCUCUGGGCCUCCAGCUGUGGUCAGGCCACCCAUGUCAGGCCUGACAAGGGAGGGGCCCCACCACUGUCUUGCUGAAUAAACAGUCCUCCCUGCAGCCCUGCCCUCCUACCCUCUCCACUGCUGUUUCAGCGGGGCAGGGUUGGGGGGGGUUGUCUUGUCUGUGCAGAGUCCUUGAGGGUAGGUGGGUCUAGUGAUGUCUAGAGAGUCUGCAGCCCCUGGCCCAUGUUUUCUGAUCACUUGUUACCACGGAGAACAUGUCCUGGGGCUUGACGUCAGCAGGAUUUGGGCCAUUUCCAGGUACUCCAGAACUGAAACCUGUGGGGACCCGUAUGUUUUUCGCACGAUGAGUUCCCGAGACUUGGGCUUCUUGUCUGGAAACUUCCUGGACAGAGUAGGGUCUACAGGAGCAGUCCCCUUGUCUGCAGCACCACUACCCUCUGAUGCAUCUAUGCUGUGACAAGUGCCCUCCAGGUCCAAGCCCUGCUCCCAGACUAGCAGGGAGCCAGAGGGCCCAGUGGGGGAGGCAGGUGCACACCAUCUAUUGCAGACUUGAAUGUCAUCAAGUGUUAGCACCUGGGUUUAAGGAAAACAUUUCUUUCCAUGAAGACUUCAAGUUUUUUCCUUCAGCUCUGAGGGAUCUGUGUCUGGGGAGAGACAGGAGAAACACAACAGCAGCAAUUUUGUGGGGGUUGAGCAGUUCCAUUCUGGCUUCUCAGCCUUAGGGAUUGGUCCAAGCCCUCUUUCCCUGGUGAGGCCAGCCCGGCCUCCAGAGGCCAAGUGGUCCAUAGAUCUGGGACCUGAUGCUGUGCUCUCCCCGUGGAUGGGGCUGGGCAAGGGGAGGAGCCCCAGGUCUGGGGGAGGGAGGGUCUGCCCUUCAGUGACCCCAAGAAGACUGCUGAGCAUCUGCUUCCGCUGUUGUUUCGUCAACCCCAGAAGACCAACUCCACGCUUCGUUUUUAACUAGAUGAGACUGGAAGCAGAAAAGGAACAGUGGAGUUGGCAAGGCAACAAGCAGGCUAAGUGAGUCCUUUGCUCAGGCCCCAAAUGGGCAGCCCCAGGGGAAGCCCUGGGUGAGCCCCAGGCUGCUGUUGGCGCUGCAUCCACCAAAAAUUUACCCUUGUUGCCCAACUUCUCAGUAUUACACUACACUUGGAACUCUCA